AUGGUGCUCCCCAACUGCUCAACCACCAGCCCCAUGGUGGACACAGCUGUGGGCACCCUUCUGGCCCUGGAGUGUGGGCUGGGCCUGCCAGGCAAUGCCAUCGCCCUGUGGACCUUCUUCCGACUCAAGGUGUGGAAGCCUUACGCCGUCUACCUAUUCAGCCUGGUGGUGGCUGACCUGCUGCUGACCACCUGCCUGCCAUUCUAUGCCACCUUCUACCUGACUCACAGGGACUGGGGCCUGGACCUUGACACCUGCCAGGUCCUGCUUUUCCUGCUAUCCUUCAGCCGGGUGGUGGGGGUGGCCUUCCUGGCUGCAGUGGCCUUAGACCGUUACCUGCGUGUGGUGCACCCUCGGCUCAAGGUCAACCUUCUGCCCCUGCAGGCGACCUGGGGCAUCUCAAUCCUUGUCUGGCUUCUCUUGGGCGCCCUCACCUUCCACAGCCAGUUCAUCUCCACACCUGCCUGGAAUGCUGCCAAGUGUACCAGCUUCUAUCCUGUGGCCAAGACCUCUGGCAUCACCUGGCAGGAGGGUUUCUUUCUCCUUCAGCUGCUCCUUCCCUUUGGCCUUGUUGUGUUCUGCAAUUCAGGUAUCCUCAGGACCCUUCAGAGGCGACUGCGAGAGCCUGCCAGGCAGCCCCAGCUGCAGAGGGCCAAGGUGCUGGUCGCCGUGGUGCUGCUGCUGUUCAUGCUGUGCUUCCUGCCCAGCGCGCUGACCAGUAUCCUGGUGCACAUUCUCAGAGGCUUAGGCCACUGUGGGGUCCUGCGUGUGGUGGUGCACAUGGCCAACAUUGCAGGCAGCCUCACCUACCUGCACAGCGUGCUGAGCCCCGUGCUGUACUGCUUCUCCAACCGGGCCUUCACUCACUCCUACCGCAAGGUGCUUCACAGCAUGCGGGGCCGGAGCAGGACCACCAGGGCCCCCAGCAUUGACAAGGACUCCUGCUCCUGA